AUGCCGAAUGAAAAUGGACCCACCCUGGAAGAGAAGGUCAUCGAAGCGAACCCGGAUCAAGCCUUCAUUGAUAAUAUCAUCCGCGGCUUCGGUGGCAUGCUCAACGAGCUGCGUGUCAAUUCUCGACCUCACUUGACGACCUUGGCGAUCUUGGCUGGCGAAUAUCGAGCACAUGCGGAUCAGAUCGUGGACUUGAUCGAGCAGCGGCUGCGCGAGGCGCCCAAGUACCGUAUCCCCGUGCUCUACCUCAUCGACCACAUCAUCAAGGACUUCCCCGACGAGUACGUGCACCACUUCUCGACCAACUUGGUGAAGCUCUUCGCGGAGACGUUCAGGCAUAGCUCACCCGAUCCGGACCGCAAGAAGCUCUACGAGUUGAGGACUACGUGGGACGACGUUUUCCCACCAAGAAUUCUGUACGAGCUGGACAGUACGGUGAAAAACAUCGAUAAAAAGUGGCCGGUUCGUGUAGUCAAGUCGGAACGAUCGUCGCGCACACCACACUCGCAAAGCAGCGAUGAAUUUUCACACAGUGAGACAGAAAGCGAGACCAGGUCUUCACGAUCGCGCCAUCGCCAGAUCGCGGACGAGGACGCCAGAAAGGCCGAGGAAAUGUUGAACGGCGGCGCAUCUGGUGCCGGCCUGCUGCCCAACAACAACGCCGAUCAGACGAGGACGCGAACGCCAUCGUCGGUCUCCUCGCCCAACAACUUGCGUUCGCGACCGCCUUCGACUGUUUCCGAAGACGCACCAAAAUCAACCACUGCCCUUGAUGAGCGAUUGUCGAUGAUCGAGCGGGCCUCGCGAGCCCAGUCCCGAGAGGAUUCAGACUCGGACGACAAUGCCUUAGUGAUCAGCACUCCUCCGCCUACUAAGAUUAAAGAGAAGAAGAAAAAAACUUCUUCUAAUAAACUUAAAAAGGCACCGAGCGCAGGUCGCGUCUCUCAUCCUUCUUCUGGCAUCUCUUCGCCCGUCUCCCAAUUCACCAGCUUGUCAGCUCACAAGUCCCGCGGCUUGAACGAGAUUCUUAACGGAUUGCCGAACAGACGAACGUCGAUCCUCGAACGCCCCGGUGCCGGUGCUCAACAAACUUCGUCGACUGGAGUGAUCACCACGACGCGCGCUAUUCAGACCUCGCAGUACACACGCGACAUGGCUGUCCUUACCGAGCCCGUCGGAAAGAAAGACGCCUCGACCCAGAAAAAGCUCCGCAAGCCCAAACAAGCUCACUUUGGACACCAGUUCUCCCAACGAGCCUUCAAAGUUGCCGCUGGAGUUCAAGCCACGAGAAGCACAAAAGACGCCGAAACACAGUAUCUAGCAGGGGACAGCGAAGACAUCACUUUAAGCCGGGACUUUGAGUCGCGAGCAAUGAUAUACGAGUAUUUGGACAAGCAAACCAAGUCUGCGAAGAACUGUAUCAUGAGUAUGCUUCUUAACAAACAGAUGUAUGACGAUCCUUCCUGCGACUUGACAUUGGUGUGCUCCGAUGGUCAAUUGAAAGCUCACAAGAUCAUUCUGGCAGUUGUUUCCGACUACGUCGCGAGCGAGUCAUGUAUGAGCAAUGAAGUCCACAUCCCGAAGCUCGGCACAUCCCAUCUUCAGAAGAUGAUCAACUACAUCUACAGACAGUUCUACGGUCCCUUCGAAAACAAUGACGAUGUGGCCGACUUUGUCAAGGGAGUGGGAGUGCUAAAGAUUCGCAUGCUCGAUGCUACCGUCGCGAGUCUCAAAGAGGGAAUUCAACAAGGAAAGUCGUACAAGUCCUACUACAUUUCUGGCACGGAAAUUCAAAGUCCAGAUCUGUUGAGAUCAGCAAUGGCAGCGCAAGUCACACCUCAAGCAAGUGACCUCGACGAUGAUGCCCUCAUGGCCAUUGCAGAAGAGAUUGUCGUGCCAGAAGACAAAAAGAAUGAGAAGCGAGUUACGCCGAAACUUUCCAAAGCUGAUCCUAAUAAGGAGAACACCCCGACAGCAAGAACACGUCGAUCCAGAGCUAUUAUCCCUCCCAAAGACUCUGAUGACUCUUCUGGUCCCGAGGACCGCAACGCUGUGAAGUCCCGUGUGCUCAAGAAGCGCAAACAGGAGCCCGCAAAACCAUCUCAAUCUGAAGAGCGUUCGAAACGCUUCCGAAAGGACAAGACACCAGAUCGUGCUUCAGAAACGCCCUCUCGACCACAACGCUCUCGCAGUCGUGUUUCGCAACCUGUCGAAGACAAACCGACCCCAAAACGACAAGAGACACCGAAGGGACGGCCAUCACGACGAGAAGCCCCGAAGACGACGUCCCCCAAGAUUGAGGAUUUCGUGCCGGAAUCAUUCAAGUUCCUCUCGCAUGUGAAGCUGGACGAGUCCGAGGUCAAGGCUGGGCAAAAGCAGUACCCGCAAAAGGAUCUUGACACUCAAACCGAGUCAACGAGCAAGCGAAGCAAAAAGAGCAAGGAAGUUAUAAGCUCUGAUUCUGAGAGCGACGGAGUCGAGCCUGCCCCACCACGAGCAGCGACGAAGUCAGCUUCAGCACCCUCGAUUAACACUCGACCCAAGCGUCGUCUAAGUCGCCAGCCUCAGACUGAGGAAACCGCCAAGGAGGACCGUCUGUCUUUGGCUGCCCAAGUCGUGGUAAAACAGGAGCCGCCUGAGAAAGCCACUCCGAGCCGAGCCACUCGAGUUUCCCUCCGAGCCAGCCGCGCUCAAAAGUCCAAUCCCGAAGAAAGUUCAAAAGACGCCGAUGAAAAGUUGCCGACACCAGUACCUCCGAAAAGUGAGACCCGUUCUACGCGUUCGAAGAGCCCUGCGAUUGCAGCCUUGAAGAAAGAGGUUGACCUUUCUCAAAUAAAGAAGGAAUACAUUAGCCCGAACACUGUCAUCAAGCUCGAGGCGGGAUUAGUUGAAUCUCCAAAGCCUCUUCUUCCUGAACUGGAUGAGGAGAAUAGCGACGAGAUCAAAGAAGAGAACGAGGAGGAGACAGUGGAGACGGAAAUUAAACCCGAAAAGCCGAAGACUGAGGGCCGUGCUACCCGACGAAGAACAAUGCCCGCUAUUUCUAAAUCGGUGAAACCGGUGGCGACGCGAGCGCCCAGCACUCCCAAACCCCAGCCCACCCGUCAAACUCAAAAUAAGUUCAAGCUUCCUUUCACGACGGACAACUACCCGGUCGAGGUCGAGGAAAAGCUCAAAAUGCCAACCGAAGAAUUUAUCGAGCUCACGGGGUACCUGUCGCGAUCCCAGUACCUCGAAGCGUACCUUCGUUCGAAACUAUAA